AUGUCAAGCAAGCCGCUCUUUCAGCUCAGAAAAGAGCUUGAUAGCUCUAAUGAAGCUGCAAGUGAUACGGAGGUCACACAGUCUUUCGUGGAACAAUUUCAAGUUAGCAACAACAUUGAGCCAUAUGUUUCCGACAAAUUUACGAAUGAGGUUGUCCUAACCGAGAACGAAAAGUACACGGUUAGUAAGCUUCCCUCUAGCCUUAAUUUUCUUCCAGAGUCUCCAGACUUGGACGGAUUAGUGGACGCGCAUUCAGGUAACGCAAUAGUGAACGAUAAUGACAACCUGUAUAUUUGGGCUUACCGCUCCACACAGGCCCAGCCUUCUGUAAGCAGGAUUCCGUUACAUGAAGAACACAUAUCGCAGAGUUCUGUUCCCAAGGUCGUUUUCACGUGGCCUGCCGCAAUGGAUGAUGAAAGCGCAGCCCAGUCCUCGGGCGUGUGCAUAGUCAACAGAAAAUCAGGGUUAGUCCAAUUUUACGAGGAUGUGGACACAAUCAAUCACCUCUCAUCUCUACUCUCAAAAAGCAAGUGCCACGAAUUGAACUUGAAGCUAAAAGAUAAGGAAACAGUGGAGGAUGUGGUCAACUGUGAGCCUGCCGGAAUCCUCAUAUCGACUUCAAAAGGCAGAGCUUUAUUUGUCACAAUAAGAGACUUUUCAGGGAAACCGCGGCUGCACCUGAAGGCGCAAUUAGUUAAAUCGCACUUGGGAUUCUUUUUUUCACCUAAUAAAUUCAAGAAAGUGGUGUCAAUAAAGCCAGGACAUAUUCCGGGAAAAGGUGAGCGUUUGGCUUUCAUACUUACGAGUGGCGGUGAUUUUCAUGUAUGGAAUCUGUCUGCGGUCUCAAAUUGUCAUCGGAAGAUCUCUAUCAACUUGUAUGAUCAAAUUUUGGAAUCAUUGCAAGAUCUUUACCCGUUUGCGCAUAGCUCUUUGUUGCUGCUAGACUCGCAUCCUCUUGACACUGAGGGGUCUGCUCACAUGGUAUUGUCUUCCAUUACCAACUACGAUGGUGCAUGUUAUUAUAUUUUGACAACUAUAAAGAUUGAUGAGUCAACAAAUAGCUUUGCAAUCUUUUCGACCUACAGGUUGAACACCUACGUUUCGGCGUUUUCCGAAGAAAAUAGACCCCGCCUUAUUGUCCCUUUAUCCAGUAACCAAGACGCCAGCGAAUCGACCGAGCCUUCUAUUACUUCUGUUUACACAAUUUUUCCGGAUGCAGUUGUUCUCACUCAAGUCAGCGCGAAACUCGACCAAACUUAUUCCUUGAGAAGAAAAUGGGAAGACAUAAUAAGUUUUCGAGAUGACGUGAACAUUAUCGGUCAUGGAAAUGACUCCGAAUCUGUUUACCUUAUCAGUAGAGGUAUGGGCGUGCUUAUGGUGACUACAUCGAAGACAGGUAAUACAAGUGGCUUUCAUGAUGUUAGAUUCAUCAAAUCGCACAUCCAGCAAGCGGUUUAUUUUUCGGGACUUUCAUCCUCUCCCAUCGACUUCAACCUUUCUCCUGAUAUAUCUCUUCAAAGGGAAGAGAUUGAAGAGGACCUUUUGGCUUCCAGCAAUGAAAUACUGCUUUCGAAAUCAAUCUAUAUCCCGCCGAAACUCAAAUCUCUUGAACGUCAUGCCAGCAUGCGGGUCGGGCUUUACAGGAGACUCCUUGCAUUCACGAAAUCCAACUUCUUAAACAAAAUUUCGCCAUCCGUUAAAAUUGAGCUCAUUGAGUCUUUUGAGGUGCUGAACGCUUCUUCUCAACUUCUCCCAUAUACCGAAAAAUCUAAAGAGACUAAGGAAGUCUGGUUAAGAGUUCUCGAGGCUAACGGUGUCACUGAAGAAGAUUUUAUGAGGCACGAUCUCGACAAAUUUCCUAAGGUGCUUUCUCAGUUCUUGCAACAGCUUCAACUAACACUAGCCUCCACAACUCACAACAAGCUAUGGCCCCAAUGCAUUGAAAUGAUCAUAUCAUGUUUAUAUAGGGGCGCCUUGGAGGACGGUGAGGAGUACUAUAGGUUCGGCAUGUUUGAGAUGGAUAAGCAUGAACUGCAUAGCCAACUACCUUGGUAUGUACAGCACUCCAUUCCCGAAGCUGUCAACAACUUGCUUUAUGGAUUAGUUGAUUAUUCGAAGAUGUCGCAAGACUCUGAACAACAUGCCGAUCAAAUUCUUUCGUUAGUCAAAGCGCUUUAUUACAUGAGUAACCAGACCUCUUUAUGGCUUCAGCAAGACACCAAACGAGCUGAUAAUAAUGAUUGCACUUCAGUUUCGAAACUAUUUAAAGAGAACCGCUUAAGCUGGAACGAGAUGCUCUGUGAUAUUGGCAGGAGCUCGGAUUCUCUGCACAUUUGCGAAUUUUACGAGGAUUUACCUUCCCUUGCACAGACCUUGAAUACCUUACCUAAUGAGGCAUCUGAAGGCCUCUACACACACUACUUCCAAAAAUUUGGUUAUAAUUUUGCAGCACAACUUUUCACAAAUUACAUUACUCACGGAAGACUACAGGAGCUUUACAAUAAGUUCGGGUGUCAAAAUUCAUAUCUAAAGAAGUUUUUUGAUGAAAACUUACAAUUUGCCGAAGUUGGAUGGAUGGAAAAGAUUUUGAACGAGCAAUAUAGUGAAGCUGCUGAUAUUUUGACAAAAAUUUCCACUGAUAACAAGAAAGCUGGUAACCUUGAUAGAGACCAAACAAGGCUCAGCGUAGCCAAAUUAUGUGUUCUCGCUUCCGAGGCGUCCUAUGAGUUUGAAAACUUAACAAUGAUCCAAUCCGGACUUGAUAUAAUUGAUGGCCAAAAAGACCUUGCGGCGAUGCUUGAAUCUGGCAUAAAGCUCCACAAGCGUUUCGAAGAGUGCAGUGCGGUCCAGAAGCUUUACAAGCGCUUAUCGGAAAACAUUUCUGCUUCUAAUAGGUUAACUCUAUCGGAGGUCGUAGAAAUGUACACGAUUUUAAACAGCAAAGAGGGGUUCUUCCGCGCGCUGAAACUUUUGUCAUUAGUAAAGGUAUCCAUGGAUUUUGAAAAGAUCAAGUUCCUGGAAAUUAUGAUAUGGAGAAGGUGCAUCCUAUUCGACAACAUGCGCAGCCUCGAAGAAACUAGCUCCGCUCUAUUCCACACACUGAAGAAAUCUUUCGACGAUCAGCUUUACUUAUCCGCCCACUUUACGCUGCCAAGCCUAACAGCUUUGUUGGACAAAACAACUGUGACAUCAGAAUACUUUGCAGCAGAGUACGAUAGCCGCAAAGACGAUGUCCGCGGCCUUUUUGAGUCCGUAGCUGAAGAACAAAGCGAAAUUAUGGAGCUAAGUGACGAGCUUAGUCCCCAAAUCAAGUCUGUCAUUGCUGCAAGUAAUGAUAGCAGCACCCAAAAAUGCGUCAUUAAUUAUGAAACUAACCAAAUCGAAGGCCUUACCUAA